UCUGGCAAUGAAUAUUUCCUUUUCUUAUUUUCUUGUAAUAUUGCUUCUUUUUUCCUUUCCAUUAUACAAUUUAGCUCAAACUAAUGGUAGAGUAGCUACUAGUAGUUCUAUUACUGCAACAGAUGGAAGCACUCAAUGGCUUUCACCAUCUGGUGAUUUUGCAUUUGGGUUCCAAAAAAUUCAAGAUAGUAAAGAUCAGUUCUUGCUUUGUAUAUGGUAUGCAAAAAUACAUGAAAAAACCAUAGUCUGGCAUGCAAAUAUGAGUGGUCCAGUGCCACAAGGAUCAAGAUUGAAUCUUGAUCCUCAAAGGGGUCUAAUACUAAGUGAUCCUCAAGGGACUACCCUUUGGAGAACUGAUUUGGUUGUUGGUAAUAUUGACUAUGCACUCAUGAAUGAUACUGGGAAUUUUGUUAUCAUGGGAAGUGAUUCUACUGAUCCAUUGUGGGAAAGUUUUAAAUAUCCAACUGAUACUUUGUUGCCAAAUCAAACAUUAGAAAGAGGAAGCUUCCUUGUUUCUCAAAGAUCACUAGCUAAUUUCACUCAAGGUAGGUUUUAUCUUCGGAUGCUUGAUAACGGGAGUCUGGUGCUUGUUACACAAAGUAUGCCUUCCAAUUCAGAUUAUGAUGGUGAGUACUACAACAGUCAAACUUCUGACACAACAAAUGCAACCAAUUCAGGGGAUAAGUUGGUUUUUGAAGAGAAUGGCAUGAUGUACGUAUUGAAACGAAAUAAUCAAAGGCAAAUUCUUACUCCGCGAUCCAUUCCUUCAGCUUCACAUAGUUACCAUCGCGUGACUCUUAACUUUGAUGGAGUUCUCACUCAUUAUUAUCAUUCAAGGAAUUUUAAUAGCAGUGGCUGGCAUGUUCUGUGGUCUCAACCAAAUAAUAUAUGCACCAACAUCAGGGUAGACAAAGGCACCGGGCUUGUGGUUACAACAAUGUAUGCGAUCUUGAACAAUGCUUAUGGCGACUGCAUACCAGAUUUUCCUCCAAGUUGUGGUGAAGUUGGAAGUGGUUCGCCUGAACAUUCGUAUAGUUUAGUCACGGUCAAUGACACUGAUUGGCCAUUAUCUGACUUUCAGCAAAUUAGCCCUUCAACUGAACAAGACUGCCAAAUUGCAUGUUUGAAUGAAUGUUUUUGUGCUGUUGCCAUUUAUAGAGACAAUAGCUGCUGGCAAAAGAAGUUGCCUUUGUCGAAUGGGAGAGUAGACAUCAGUCUGAAAUCAAAGGCUUUUAUCAAAAUAAGGAAAGAUGGUGUUUCUCCUCCAAGCCUCGGCCUUCCAAUUCCGGGAUCUCAAAAGCAAAGUUGGCGAAUUUGGGGAAUUAUGGCAUCCUCUCUCUUUGGUAGCUCGGUCUUGGUAAACAUUUUGCUCAUUGGUGUAUUCUGUUCGGGAUUUUUCCACAUUUAUAGAAAGCGAGCGAAUGCGGUUCUCCAUACAAGUCACGUGGCGGACUCUGUUUGUCAUAGUUUUACAUAUAAAGAACUUGUAGAAGCCACAAAAGACUUCAAGGAAGAGCUAGGCAGGGGUGCAUGCGGGAUUGUUUACAAAGGGGUAAUGCCUAUCGGUUCAAGAAGCAUAGUCGCUAUAAAGAAACUGGACAGAGUUGCUCAUGAGGUAGAGAAAGAAUUCAUGACUGAAGUAAAUGUGAUUAGUCGGACUCAUCAUAAGAAUUUGGUCAGUCUGAUUGGAUAUUGUAACGAGGGACCUCAUCGUUUGUUGGUCUACGAGUAUAUGAGUAAUGGCACUCUUGCAAGUUUCAUUUUUGGUGAUCCAAAACCUACUUGGAGCCAGAGGACGAAUAUUGCAAUGGGGAUUGCAAGGGGACUUGCAUACCUCCAUGAAGAAUGCAGCACGCCGAUUAUCCAUUGUGACAUAAAGCCUCAAAACAUUCUCCUUGAUGAUUAUUACGUUGCUCGAAUAUCAGAUUUCGGAUUGUCUAAACUGCUGCUAAUCAACCAGAGUCGAACACUUACUAAUAUUAGAGGAACGAGAGGUUAUGUUGCACCGGAAUGGUUUAGGAAUAGUCAGGUCACGGUUAAGGUGGACGUUUACAGCUUUGGUGUAUUGCUACUGGAGAUCAUCACUUGUCGGAAAAAUUAUGAGAAUGAGGAAAGCUACGGACCAGAGGCUAUUCUUAGGGAUUGGGUUUUGGAUUGCUUUCAAGAAGGAAAAUUGGAAGCUCUGGUGGAAAGUGAUAUCGAGGCCUUGAAUGACAAGAAGCAGCUCGAGAGGUUCGUGAUGGUUGGUAUUUGGUGUAUUCAAGAGGAUCCGUCGAUGAGGCCUACUAUGAGGAAAGUCGCUCAAAUGCUUGAAGGAUCUGUUGAAGUGACUACUCCACCAUGUCCAUAUAAUUUUAGCAUUACUAUAUAAGAUCAUAAGAAUCAUUUAUGUACAA